AUGAUGUUUGUGUUAAUCAUCACCGCCGGCCAUGUUAAUUAUAUAACAUGUAUUGUUUCUAGACACUGGACCAAACCACCUCUUGGAUGGAUCAAAUGUAAUUAUGAUGGUACUUUUAAUAGAGAUAUGCCUGCAAAGGCUGGCUGGGUUAUAAGGGAUGAUCGAGGAACUUUUAUUGGCGCGGGUCAAGCGAUAGGGAAACCAACCAACAGUUGUCUGGAGAGUGAGCUGCAAGCAUUGAUCAUGGCCAUGCAAAAUUGUUGGGGUAAAGGAUACAAGAAGAUAUUAUUUGAAGGGGAUAAUAAAGAGAUUGAAGAGAUCCUUAACGGUAACAAGGCCAACUUUGGAGCUUAUAAUUGGAUUCGUGAAGUAAGUGCGUGGAGGAAAAGAUUUGAAGAAUGCCGAUUUGUGUGGACAAGAAGAGACUGCAACAUGGUUGCAGACACAUUAGCUAAAGGACAUUUACCGACUCUUUCACAGUUCUAUUUUCAUGCUUAUGUUCCUUAUGCAAUUGUAAACACCUUACACUGUGACUUUGUCACAUCCAAUGCUUAAUAUGAAAGCUGAAGUUAAAAAAAAACAUGUAUUGUUUCUAUGUAAUUAUUAAGGAAGAAGUUAAAAAUACGGUGGUACGGAUUUAUAU